AUGGCUCCCCACCGUGCUCUGGAAUGCGAUGACAUACUCGCAGAGAUAUUCCAACAUCUUCGCAUAGGAUACCACUGGGACGAGGAUUACUGUCCCCACCUCAUAGAUACGGUCAAUCUCAAGCGCGACCUCGCUCGAACCGCACGCGUCAACAAGGCAUUCUCUUUUCAUUCGCUGAAUGCUCUGUGGUGGGAGAUCCCUUCAGAGCACGUCGCUCUUAGCAUUCUCCCCGCUUUCAGAACAGUCCCCAGUCCGAUCCAGUAUCCCGGGACUGUGGCGGCUCCACCGGGGUUUGAAGAAGAACGUGAAUGGACAUACCUCGUCGAGGAUAAAAUUCUCCCAAACGAGUUGGACCGACUUCGCCAAUACACUGUUCGUGUGCGUGAGGUAGCAAUAGACGGAGAAGAACGACGAGGCAUUCGCGCGCCCGUCAUCCAAUAUAUUGCGCAACGGCUCGGUGGCUCACUGUUCCCAAGGUUGAUGCGCUUGGAGUGGAGCGGGGACAGGAUCAUAUCCGGCACUGGUGACAUGAGCAGUGUCUUCCCUGCCGUGACUGGCCUCGGCCUUCAAUCCCUCGUUCUUCGUCCACCCAGCUGGCUUCCCGAACCCGGCGAAAGUGAUUUCAAGCGGGAACUAUUGGAUGCCAUGCAGGGGCUCACCGAUACCUCGCCUCGUAUCCGCCGGAUUGAUCUGGCCAGAGGCUGGCGUGAGGUGGAUCAGGGCAAGGGGUGGGACGCUGCAUAUGCGGCACAGCUUCUUGGCGCGCUCAAUCAUCUUGAAAGCGUCCAUCUCAGAGUCUAUACCAUCGACCACGCACUCGUCAAUGCACUCUUAGCGCUUCCGAACUUAGAGGCUCUGUUUAUUGAGACGCUCUCGCUGGAUGAAGACAUACCCCAUUGGAGCACCCGCAGAUAUUUCCGAACCUUGCGCACUCUGCAUAUCUGGGCGAACCACAACGAGGUGACCGGCUUCCUGCAGGCCUUCGAGCUGCCUGAGCUUCGAGCCUUACACGUGCUUGUCGGCGACCUCCCACAAAGCAUGCGGCCGCACUGGGUGCUGACCUUCUCAGAGCUCAUCGCCGCGCGAUUCCAGCGGCUGCGCGAGCUGGAGUUUUUCGGCGCCUGCUACCGCAACUCGAUCCCGAUGGCGAGGAUCUUCGCUCCCCUCCGCGCGCUGCGCCAUCUCCGCGCCGUCUCGCUGCACGUCCCGUCGCGCGCGACUGUCGUCGGCCUGCGCGGGGUCGCCCUCAGCUGGCCGGGCCUCGAGGAGUUCACGAUCUUCAUGGGCGACCGCCCACACGAGUCGCUGCAGGUCCUGCUCGAGGUCGCGUCCGUCUGCAAGCUCCUGCGCACGGUGCACCUGCGCUGCAUGAAGGAGCCGCGCCCGCCCGCCCUCAACCCCCACGGGCUCUCCGCGCACGGCCUCGAGCGGAUCAUGUGUCUGGACGCCUCGCACGUCUACUCGGACAAGGCCGUCGCCCGCGUCGCGGAUCUGCUCGCGGGCGUGUUCCCCAAGCUGGAACUGGAGAGCAUGAUCCGGUGGCAGCGGGAGCGCGUGCACCGCGCGGGGAAAGACGACUUUUGGCUCGCGCUGCUCGAGAAGAUGCGGAGUGUCCGCCUGGAGAACGAGGCAGACAGCAGGAAGUUGCUGGAGGCUUCGACCGCGGCGUAA